AUGUCUCGACUUCCCUCAUGGAAGCGCAAGGAAGACGAAGAGCAUCCCAUCUCCGAAUAUGGACCGAUCGAGAAGGUGCAAAGAGGUCGCGAUGAGGGUUUUGGAGGUUGCCGAGGCGUGAACCGGAUCUGGAAGAGCUGGUUGAGUCGAGUGCUACAGAAGAUACAGCUGACCUGA